GCUGGUAAGCCGGCGGCAAAUCUUGCCGUGUUCCAGGUCCCUUAGCCCGGCAGCAGAGCCUCCCGCAUCUCCUGUCUGUCCCGAGGCGGUGCGAGAGGAGAUCCGCGACUUCCCCGCCCGCCGCGGCUGCUGCUGCUGCUGCUUCCCGCGGGGCCCCCCCGCCUCCCGCGGGGCGCGGAGGCCAUGUUCCCGCCCGACUCCACCUGGAAUAUCUCCUUCGCCGGCUGCGGCUUCCUAGGGGUGUACCACAUCGGGGUGGCCAGCUGCCUGCAGGAACAUGCCCCUUUCCUCGUCGCCAACGCCAAGAAGGUGUACGGCGCCUCGGCCGGGGCGCUCACCGCCACCGCCCUCGUCAGCGGCGCCUGCCUCGGUGAAGCUGGUGCCAGCAUUAUCCGGGUGUCAAAAGAAGCCCGGAAGAGGUUCUUGGGCCCACUGCACCCCUCUUUCAACUUGGUGAAGACCAUUCGGAUCUGUCUGUCCAAGACCGUGCCAGAGAAUGGGCAUGAGGUUGCAGCAGGACGUUUGGGUAUUUCCCUGACACGGGUCUCCGAUGGAGAAAAUGUGAUACUUUCAGAUUUCAAUUCCAAGGAGGAACUGAUCCAGGCCUGUGUCUGCAGCACCUUUAUCCCCGUCUACUGUGGGCUGAUACCUCCAACUUUGCGUGGAGUGAGAUACGUUGAUGGAGGGAUUUCUGACAAUUUGCCACAAUAUGAGCUGAAGAACACAAUCACAGUGUCUCCAUUCUCGGGAGAGAGUGAUAUAUGUCCACGGGACAGUUCCACAAACAUGCAUGAGCUGAGAGUCACCAAUACAAGCAUCCAGUUCAACCUUCGCAACCUCUACCGCCUCUCAAAGGCCUUGUUUCCUCCAGAGCCACAGGUGCUGCGGGAUAUGUGCAAGCAGGGCUAUCGGGAUGCACUGCACUUCCUGAAGAAGAAUGGUCUCCUUCAUCGUCCAAGUCCUGCCCGUCCUCUCCUUGCCAUAGAAGCUCCCCCAGGAGAGAAGAAAGAGGAAGAAACAGAAGCUGAGGACCAACUAGAGGAAAAUACUGCCCUUGCUGUUGUUGAAGAACACAUCUUUGAACACUUGCCUCCCAGACUGAACCAAGCUCUUCUGGAGGCUUGUGCUGAAAGAAGAAGUUUCUUGACUGGCCUCACCAACAUGCUGCCUGUACGUGUGGCCACGGCGAUGAUGGUGCCCUAUAUGCUGCCUCUGGAGUCUGCGGUUUCCUUCACUGUCAGGCUGCUAGAAUGGCUCCCAGAUAUUCCUGAGGAUAUUAGAUGGAUGAGAGAGCAGAUGAUUGAAAUCUGCAACUACUUCGUGAAGAAAGCCAAGAAGAAACUGGGCAGCCAUCUUUCAGCCAGGCUUUACUAUCACCUCGAGCUUGGAGGGCCCCAGAGCCUGCCAAUUCCUUCCUCGCCACCUUGUGGUGAAGCACUGCCCGUGUGGAUGAGAAGCACUCGUUCCGUGUCUGAUGUCAUGAUGAAGUGGGAGGAGUACCAGCGCCAGCUCAUGCUGGGCUUACUCUGCAUCAAUGUGGACAUGCAGGCCUCCCUCUUCCCUCGGGAAGGGUUGCAGAUCAAGCUUCCACCUCUAGACUGUGCGAAAGAGUGCCUGCCACUCUUCUGAUCCUGCUGCCAUGAGGGGAUGAGGGUGGGUGGGAAGGGGAGCGUACACUGGGUGGGACCAGUCUCAUCCCUCAGCAGCAGGCUGCCCUGUGCUUCUGAAUAUGCUGCAAAGGGGAUUUCCCCAGGAUAGAGACUGGUGGAAUCGACUGUAGCCAUUUGUUGCCCGCUGGGCCAGGCAAGGGAUCUCUGUGUUCAAAGGCACACACAGGCUGAUACCUUGUUCUAGACUUGCAUUGAGGCCUGGCCAUUGCCCGUGGCCAGGCUGAUGCUGACUCAGCUGGGCUCUCCCAAAUAGUGCACUUUGAAUUGCCGUUGGCUUUUUACUGCAAAAUAAUCAGGAUGUAGAUGACGCUUUCAAGUUCAUACAGCUUUUAGCUUCCUUUGUUUUUCAGAGCAUGUGUCUCGGUUCUUUUCCUUAAAUCAUCUGGCAUCCCUUAGCUCUUUGUGCUACUGAAAGAUGAAGUAGCCUCUUGCCAAACCAAUUUUUCUUGUGGCUUCCAAAUCUCCUCUUCAGUUUCUUCUUUGCUGAACCAUGUCCCUCUCUCUCCUAACUGCAUCCACACUGGAAGCCAGAGCUGGCCCUGCUGCAGACUGCACUGGAACUGGAAAAGUGUAGAAAAGCUAUGUAUUUUCCAUGAUUCAUGUUGUAAUGGUCUCUCCCUUUUUGACUUUUGUACUCAAGGAACUGCUGCAACUUGAACUCUGAGUGUUAAGUAAGUCACCGAGCUUAUUUAAAGAAGUAAUUGACAGAUUUUUUUUUUCCCCAGGGAAACAUGUUAAAUUUGAGGCUCCAUUCCUGUCAGUGUGAAUGGAAUUAGUGUGGGUUUGCCCUGGAAAAGCUUAGCCUGACUAUCUCAGGAUUAGUUUAGCAGCUGAAGCAAUGUGAAGUGCUUGUAGGAAGGUGAGAUUGUGCAGGGCAUGUUAUUUUUGAGAGGCUUCUGGUGGAGUAUCACAGCAAGUGCUGGGGAAGUGACUGCCUCUGAUAGGGGUUGGUUGAGCUUUGCUCCUUAAGGGACUGUACAACUGAGGGAAAUUCCAAGUGGGUGAUACAGAAUGGAUCUCGCCAAACCGAGGCUUCUAUCUGUCUUUUGCUCAAGAAUUUUUGGUUGUUGAGGCUUUGAAGUGAGAAAGAUUUAGGCUUGUAGCUACACUAGCCUCACAGCUUGCUCGUCUUGUGUUGUGGCUCACAGGUACAGCUCUGCAGCUGGCAAUAGCAGGAGCACAGAAGUGAAGUGACGGGACUGUUGAUGCACAUGCAGCCCACUUGGAACUGGCUACUCCUUGUCUUGCCCCUUAAAAGACCAGUGCUAGUGGGUCUGUAGCAGGGCAGGACUGUGCCUUGGAAGGCACUGCCUUCUCAGCGGUGGUCUGGUCGUGACUUGCUGUGUAGAAGUAUGAACUUCCCUGUUCUUUACAGGGUGAGACAUGGCUUCCUGCAGGGAUUGCAUGUAUUUAAGCUUAAGUCUUCGCACUGUGACACAAACCCAGCUCCUGGUAUUUCUUUCUGCAGCUUGUCCAGCUACAUGAGGCAUCUUCUACCUCUCCCAGCAGAAAGUGUGCAACUGGCCAAAGCAAACAUAUGCUGUCUUUGCUGGGGAGCAGGACAGGAUAUCUGAAGUUGAUUACAUAGCCUAUGCCUGGAAUAGUGAUUUAUAAUUUAUAGACUCUGUUUUGCACCUUAGAUUUAGAAAGGGAGAAUAACACGAGAAGCUCCACUAACAGCUGGAGAAAGUAGCAAAUCUGCUCCAUCGUGUCUGCAUGAGCAGUGUGGGUGAGGUGGUGGGUGCUGUUUCCUAUCAGCACAAUUGUGCACUGGGCAUGGUUUUGGUGUUUGCGUGGAGAUUCUGAUAGGCAUUGAGACUUUUCAGUAGUGGCUGUUCCAAGCUGGGAGGCAAUGGAGUGGGCAGCUGUGGUGCUGCCCAGGAGAUGCCAGUGCAAGUAUGAAUUUGUGACUUAGAUUAUUACCCCAACUGCCCUUUCUGGAUGUAACCUACCUAUGUAACACAAGGGCCUGCAUAGCCUAUAAAGUGGGCCUGCACUUAUGCAGUCAGAUUUAGUCUUAAGCUUUGCAUAGUUAAGUCAAUUAGGGAACAGGGAAGUUGCAACAGGAAGAGGAAAAAAUUGGAGGAUUCUGAAAUCAGAAUAGGAAUAUUGGAUUACAAAACAAGUAAAUCUUGUAAUUGUCUAAAGCCUGCAGAAAAAACUUACUGCUAGAUCUAUGUAACUAAUGGAAGUGAACCAGCAACAAGCUACUUACACUUAGUGGGAGCAGGAUGAAUUUGAUGAAAAUGGGAAUUGAGAAAAGGUGUUCAUUUUGUGGUGGGAUUCCUUUUCUUCCACUGUUUUGGACUGUCUUUGGGGGAAUGGCUGCACAGCGGCUUACUUUGCCAAAGGCAUAUCUCUUGUCCCUAAUGCAUACAGAGCAAUUGGCAAGAACAUAUGGAUAUUUAGUGGCAAGAAAUUAAGGCAUUUUAUCUGAAGCAAAACAUCUGAGAGGGACAAAGCUGCAUAAGGAAAAUCCUGUGUUUAUAAGCUGCUGUCCUUUUGACUUUGCCUUUUUUGUGUUAAUAUAUGGGUGGAGAAAAUGAUGCAACUUAUUUUUUUUAUCCCUUCUUCCUGGACUGGUAAAACCACUGAGUGAUUAUGUAAACCACUAAACUAUGAAACAAAAUACUCUUGGCAACAGAGUGUGCUAAGAAGUUGCAGCUUGGCACCCUUAUCCCCUGGAUUUCCUCUGUUUGCCUUUUGCAUCAGAACUGACUGGUCUGGUGCCGACUGGGCUGAUGCCACUUCUUCCAGUGCUUUGACCCAGAAGGCUUGCAGGUUCUGGUUCAUGUAUUUCAAGACACUAAAAAGGCCUGAGUUUUGUUUUGUGUUUCACCUCAUCUGGAGUUUAGUUUAUGAUACUAACUUCUGAAAGAGAAACUUUUAUACACUUCAAACUGUAACCACAAACCAAAGCCUGACUUUAAAUAUAAAGGUCUAACUUUCACAAGGAAAUUCCUGUUUUUCCUAUGCUAAUUUGCAGGGUGUGAACGGAUACUGGGAAAGCACCACUCUGUAUUAACCCUUUCUUUGCCUGUUUUUGUUGCCCAAGUGAUAAAAUGGCUGUCGUGCGAUAGCUUGUUGGCUCUGAUAAAGGAACUGCAGGCCUGUAAAAAAUACCUCAAACUACCCUCAUCUUUCUUUUGAGAAGUUUCACCCAUUUGCUUGAAAUUCUUGCUGCUUGUUCAUCACAGAUGAAGGAAGUAGGGAAGAUCACCUUGUCCACUGAUACAGAAAAAGAAUUGUAGCAGCUUUUGAAGAAAUAGUUUUUUGUUAUGCAGUACUGCCUUAUCUAGAUGAGACCUCACUCCUUUUGAAAUCUCUGGAAACCUUGUGGUAGAGUCUGGAUUAGAUAUGGAGGUGUUUAUUGUGAUAAUGCUAACUGAAAAUUCUUCAAAACUUUGUUCUAUGUGUACCUCAUGGCGUGCAAAGUUGUCUUCUGGGCAGACACUGCUGAUUAACCUACACUUGCCAAGUUCACAGGAACAAGGUCAUCUGUAGCAGUCAGUCCCUUCUUCAGCAAAAUGUGUGGCUGGGCAGCUGAUCAGGGGGUUGCCAGGGCCUAUCUGCUCUCCGGUGUAUGGUGGGAGAGAGGUUAGGUUUCUGUUCAUGCAGCCCAUGUCCAAUUAUCCUUAUAGCAUUCACUGGACUCCUGCAGGAGUCCCAACCCUUGCUGUUUCCACUGUUUCACAUAAAGGGUCUGUGCAUUCAGGAAUCCACUUUUUUUUUUUCUCUUUCCUGUGUUAUUACUUGCUGUUUUUAACAAGGCUAAUGGUGAACUUCUUGUGCAUCUAACUAGCCCCUAACCUGCACAACACUGUAGAGUUGUUUUGUGUACAACAGUCCAUACCUAUGACAUGCUCUGUAACCCAAAAUUAGUGUGUAGGAUGUUGGGUUUGGUUUGCUGCCUGCCCUACUGCUAAUACUGUUAACAAGCUGAUUUUUCAAGGGAUAGGAGAAAAUACUGACCACCAUGUAUAGCACCUAGAAUAGUUUUCUCGUGGUUUCUUGGAGGGCUGUGUACCUGCAACACUCAGACCAGAGAAUAAAAGAGAAUCUGCUGUCUGACAGCACUGGGGUGUUCCUAGUACUUGUAUAUUUCCCAGUGGUUUUGUUCAUUUUUAAAAAUUAAUCUAGUAAUUCACUCCUUUCUUUGAGAGAAGAGCUCUCACUUUUGCCAAAGUGGUUUGGGAGAAAUACCUGAAACUGUAUGUGUUUUUUCCCUUAAGGGUCCAUUUCUGCUAAACGUGCUAGAUGUGGAGGGUGGCAGGGCUGUGCGUUGCCAAAGUGAGAGGACCUUCCCAACAGUUUUCUCAAGCUUAGUUUCUGUCUUCCCCUUAAAUCAAAGAGAGAAUGGACCACCUCACCUGGCUGCCAUGUCAGCCAGCUUGUUUGUGCCAAACACACCCUGUGCCUUUACAGUGGGCUCUGGCCUGCCUGCCCUCUGUGCCCCUGCAGUGUCUGCCUUUCUGAGUGCAGCAGUACUUACUCCCCUCUGCUCUGCCUCCUUCCCCUUGCCUACUGGUGGGACGUUGCUCCACUUCCACGCUGCAGGCAGCUCUACUAGGACAGCCUCCAACUGCGUCCAUCUCACUCUGUGGAUCCACAUCAGCCCUCCUGCACAGGGUGAGGAGGAGACCUCUAGUUCCAAAUAGAAGACUUGGAAAUGUAACCUUGAAAUAAAUUCCUGUUUCUUCUGGGGUUUUCUCUUGCUCUUGAAAACAGCAUCUAAAACAGCUGUUUGAGCUAAAUGUGUCCUGGGGCUCCACUGCUGCAACUGAGUUUCAGAAGACCCUUAAGCACACAAUACACGUGGAGAUCCUGUGGAAAUUACUGAUGUCAGAGCAGCAACCAGACCAGCAAUAGCAUACACAAGUCACGUAUUUAUACACAGCAAUGUCACUAAGUAGUGUUCACAGUCACUUUAAAAGUUCAGUAUUAAAUUGUUGAUGCUUUUUUUUCUCUCCUGUUUCUAUUUUCUAAUGUUUUGCUGAAGAAAAUGUAACUAUUUAUUUUGGCAGAAAUAUAUCUUCUAAUAAAAACUUUCUCAAUAUAUUUACCUGGCUGUGGUAGGUUGUCUUGCUAUUUAAAGGUUUAUUAAAUACUUUUUGAAUGCACUGUA